UCCAAAAGAAUAAGGUGGUGUUAGGAAUGACCUCGAGAAAAUAUUUUUAGAAACAUGCAAUGUGGUGAAAUCAUAUUACUUGUUCCUGUUUUUUUAUUCUUGCAGCUGGUGAAGUAUGAGGACAAACUGGUGAUCUAUCUUGCAGAACUGAAGGAUCUGGAAGAAAGAUUGACCAUCAUGCAAAGUAGUCCUGAUGAUUACAUCAAGCUGGACUUUGAGCUGCUCAGGAUUGAGCUCAGAGAGUUUGAGGCUCUGGUGUCUCAGCUUAAAAACUCUCUCAACUCCUCUUCAUCCCUAUUCGACAGUCUGUACAUUGAGAUCCGAAACAUGACGUUCAUUGUGAACCAGUUGGAGACUUAUGACAAGAGCAACCUGGAGGUGAUCCGAUAUCAGUUUGCCAAGCUGCAGAAGAAACUAGAGGAGUGUCAGAUUGACCAAGAUAUAAUCAAACCAGAUGUCGGAAACUGCAACCACACGGGAAUCUUGAGCAUCGGCAAUCCGUUGGUUGUCCAACUAAAUGCUCAUCUAAAUUCGGGUUACCUGUACGGUGGCUGGGGGAGAGACUCCAAGCCCAUCCGAGGUAAUGAGAACAUGCACUUUUACGGUGCGUACAGCAGCCCUGAAAUGGUUUAUGACUUUUAUUUUUACUCCAACUAUGAAAAUCUGAUCUUGAGGAAGGCCAUCAAACAAUAUACCCUACCAAACGAUUGGCGAGGAACUGGCAACAAUUAUAUUGUUCACAGUAAUGCCAUUUAUUAUCAGCAUGACUCCCCUUUCAGCAUGACCAAACUAAAUGUGACCUCUUCUGAGUAUGAAUACAGAGUGAUUUCAGCUGCCAGUCAGAGUUUCUCUUACGCCUACUCAAGCAAUCAGAACCUGGACUUUGCAGCUGAUGAAACGGGUUUAUGGGUAUUGUAUGCCUCAACUCAGAACAUGGGGAAAAUUGUCAUUGCUAAAAUAGAUGAAAAGUCUUUUGGGAUUGAGGCUGUUUGGCCUACUGGUAUGUACAAACAGUCAGCUGGCAAUGCUUUCAUGGUCUGUGGAGUGAUGUAUGCCACCAGGUCAGUGGACAUCAGCACCGAGGAGAUCUUCUACGCUUAUGACACCAAGACCAAGCAGGAGAGAAACCUCAGCAUCACCUUCAAGAAAUUCCAGGACAAAUACACCAACCUGGACUACAAUCCCAUUGAUCAGAAGCUCUACAUGUACAACAAUGGCUAUUAUGUGUCAUAUAAUGUAAAAUUUAACAAAGAGUGAUUCAACUUAUGUUUGAUCUUCGUAUUGAGAUUGAUAUGACAGAUCUGCAACCACUUUCACCUAGUUCUAGGCUUUCCCCUGUCACUUAUUGAAUAAAAUCACACUGAAGCAUCCA